AUGCUUCGCCUCUCCGACCUAGGUUCCAUGAAGCCUGGCAUCUUACCUCCAGACCAAAAAGACGACCGCGACGAAGACCUCCGCGACGUCGACGACGUCUUCAACAACGACUACCACAUACAAAGCAACAUCAACCCCAUCUUCCCAAAGAAGCAAAACAGAGACAAAACCACCCACACCAACCAACCCCCCUCCCCUCUCCUCCUCCUCCCCGCCGAACUCCGCAACAAGAUCUACAAAUUCGUCUUCCUAAACACCACCAUCAACAUCAACAAGCUCCUUAUCAAAAAAGACGUGCUCGGCCACUACCCCAGCGUCCGCGCGGUCCUCUACACCUGCCGCCAGAUCUACAUCGAAGCCAGCGCCUUGUCCUUCACGCUCUGCACCUUCGUUCCUAGCUACUUCGCCCUCCGCUUCUUCUCCUCGUCUAAUCUACCCGCCGCGGGCUUCGGAAGGAUCGAGCGUCUGUGGUUGACAAAGGGGAAUGGGCAAGCUAUCAUUGAAGGACAGGAUGAAAUAAAGGGUGCCUAUCUCAAAGAAUGGUUUGCGUCAUUGAAGCUCUUGGAGAUAGAAGUGUGGCGUCUGAAAGUAAACUUGACGGACGCUCAGGCAAGAGAGAAGGUGAGGGAUGCGUUUGGGCUGCCGGAUCUGCUUGUUGUGGGGAGGCGCGUGGGUGAGGAUGGGGUGGUUGCUGGUUGA